CAACUCUUUCCUCCCGACUUCAACGACCUGGAUGAGUCGUUGGAGAUCGAGCAUGGUCUCCUGGUGGGCGAUGUCAUUCACCAGCUAUGCCUUGGUCCACUGACCUCCUCAGAGGUCUUUUCAGCCAUUCCGCCCCAACCUCCACGCAGUUGCCUAUAUGAGGUGCCUCCCUACUAUGGCUUACAUGCACCACCAAGACACAAUUCGAUUUGCGCCGAAAACGUGAUUGCAAGUCGAUACGCAAUUUCUGAUAGCGAUCUCAAAAGUCAGAUCUCUCGCAUAUUGCAGCAAGUGGCUACACGAACUUUGGUGGGAGAGGAACAGAAGUAUACUCUGCGGCCUGAAGUGCUCGUCCGUCGAUUCGAUCUCUUCUAUUCUUCUUAUAGACUGCAAUUCGCGACCCAAGCUAAAGACGGGGUAAUUCGGACGUUAACGCAGGCUCGUGAAGCGAACGCCAAACUCUUUCCAGCGGAUUACCCAAUUCCGCCACCACCACCUUGUCCCCGGCGACGUUUUGUAAGAAACAUGAAUGUGCCAAUCCUGAGCCUGCUCCACUGUCCAACUUUUGUCCGCCUCAUCCUUCAACUGCUGGACAUUGGCAUCAAGUAUGGGAACCAACAGUCGAAAUGGUCCGAGACCCUUCUUGAGCUCGUCCUCCACUUGAUUAUUAUCGCUCUAUACGAGGACUUUGUAGCAUUCAUCCUGGUGCCUGAAGAUUCCGAAGAUGCUGAGGAGUUGGAGCACCAUGCAGGACUGCAGCAGUGCAAACGGCAAGACACUCCCACCUUGAGAAAUAAAUGGACACUUAAGCUCUGGAAGUCACUCGCCGAGAGCCAGUCACCGUCAUCUAUCCUUCCAGCCUCAGAAAACGAGGUUACUGCAGGGACAGUAUUUUCGUCCGUCAAUCUUAAGAGCCUGGAAAGUCGUGUUAACAGCUCUCACUAUACGUUGCUCUUCACCUGCUGCAUCGCCUACCAAUAUCGACUGUCGGGCUGCAUCGAACCAACCGACUGUGAGGGUGCCUUGGCUGCAGAGAUCAUUGGCACGUCGUGA